AUGGGGGAAGUUAACAAGCAAGCGGUCGAGCAAUACUUGGAGAACAACCCACAGUUUGCCAAGGAAUAUUUUGACAAGAAGCUCAAGCCAGAAACAAUAGGAGCGUUGUUUAACGAUAGAAAAGUAGAAGUGAAAGAUGGGGCGUCUUUCAAGGACCUAUGCAAGUUGGAGGAGUCUGACAUAGUGUUUGAGAUGAUGGUUGAGAUGCAAGAUACCAACGACAUCGACAAGCAGAUGCACAAGGUAGUGCAGAGGAUUGUAACUCUAGUCAAUGCGGACAGAGGUAGCAUGUUCAUAAUGAGGUCGAGGAAUGGCAUCCCCGAGCUGGCCACAAGACUUUUUGAUGUGACCCGAAACUCUGAACUGCAAGCCAAUCUUGUUGCUCCAGAGAGCGAAAUAGUAUUCCCGUACGAUAUUGGGCUGGUAGGAUGGACCGCGCACACCAGGAAGGUGCAGAAUAUUGCUGAUGUUAAAAAGGAUAGCCAUUUUUCUGACUUUGUUGAUAAACAGACUGCUUACACAACCUCCAACAUUCUUGCUGCUCCAAUUUUGCUGGGGAAAGAAGUAUUAGCAGUCUUUAUGUUAGUCAACAAGAUUGACGAACCUCACUUCUCCAAACUGGACCAAGAGGUGUUUGCCAAAUACCUUAAUUUUGCAUCUUUAGGAUUGAAAUACUCUCAUUUGAAUUAUCUCUACAAUGUUGAAUCCCGACGGACCCAGGUCCUAUUGUGGUCUGCUAACAAGGUGUUUGAGGAGCUUACAGAUAUUGAGCGUCAGUUCCACAAAGCUUUGUAUACAGUUCGAAUUUAUUUAAAUGUGGAAAGAUAUUCAGUUGCUCUGCUGGACAUGACCAAACAAAAGGAGUUCUUUGAUGAAUGGCCAAUUCUGAUGGGUGAGGCAGAACCUUACAAAGGUCCAAAAACUCCAGAUGGCAGAGAAAUCAUCUUUUACAAGAUCAUUGAUUAUUUAUUGGUCGGGAAAGAAGAAAUUAAAGUCAUCCCAUCGCCUCCUGCAGAUCAUUGGUCCCUUGUGAGCGGGCUGCCGACUUAUGUUGCCGAAAAUGGAUUUAUCUGCAACAUGAUGAAUGCUGUGGCUGAUGACUACUUUACAUUUCAAAAAGGGCCAGUGGAUGAAACAGGCUGGGUAAUAAAAAAUGUCCUGUCAUUGCCAAUUGUAAACAAGAAAGAAGAAAUAGUGGGAAUAGCUACAUUUUACAACAGAAAAGAUGGAAAGCCCUUUGAUGAACAUGAUGAACAGAUCAUUGAAGGUCUCACACAAUUCCUAGGAUGGUCAGUUCUGAACACGGAUGCAUAUGACAAAAUGAACAAAUUAGAAAACAGGAGAGACAUUGCUGCUGAAAUGCUAAUGUACCAUUCAAAAUGCAGUAACAAAGAACUUCAGACUAUUCUGAAAACAAAGGAAAAAAUAAAUAAGGAAAUUGAAGACUGUGAACAAAAUGAAAUGAUUAAGAUCUUGAAAGAAGAAUUACCUGAUCCAAAAGUUGUUGAUCUGUAUGAAUUCCACUUCAGUGACAUUCCUGUUUCAGAAUUUGACCUGAUCAAGUGUGGGAUUAAGUGUUUCUUUGAAAUUAAUGCAGUUCAAAAGUUCAAAGUACCACCUGAAGUAUUGACUCGAUGGAUGUACACUAUUAGAAAAGGCUAUCGUGAUAUUACCUAUCACAACUGGCGGCAUGGGUUCAAUGUGGGACAAACUAUGUUUACACUACUGAUGACAGGUAAAAUAAAGAAGUACUACACUGAUCUGGAAGCGUUUGCCAUGGUUGCCGCAGCUUUCUGCCACGAUAUUGAUCACAGGGGAACCAACAAUUUAUAUCAGAUGAAAUCAGCAGCACCUCUUGCAAAGCUGCAUGGCUCCUCCAUUAUGGAAAGGCAUCACCUUGAAUACAGCAAAACCCUGCUUCAGGAUGAGAGUAUAAACAUCUUUCAGAAUCUGAACAAGCGCCAGUUUGAAACAGUCAUGCACUUAAUGGAAGUUGCUAUAAUAGCGACAGACUUGGCCUUGUAUUUCAAAAAAAGGACAAUGUUUAAAAAAAUUGUUGAUCAUAUAGAACAAACACAAAAUGAAGAGGAAGCCAUAAAGUAUAUUUCUUGUGAUCCAACCAAGAAAGAAAUUGUCAUGGCAAUGAUGAUGACAGGGUGUGACUUGUCUGCUAUUACCAAGCCUUGGGAAGUUCAAAGCAAGGUUGCACUUAUGGUAGCGAAUGAAUUCUGGGAGCAGGGUGAUUUGGAGAGGACAGUUUUAGAACAACAGCCUAUUCCCAUGAUGGACCGAAACAAAGCAGCUGAACUCCCCAAACUACAAUGUGGCUUCAUCGACUUUGUGUGUACCUUUGUAUAUAAAGAAUUUUCAAGAUUCCACAAAGAAAUAACACCAAUGUUAGAUGGUCUCCUAAAUAACAGGGUACACUGGAAAUCACUAGCUGAUGAAUAUGAAGAAAAAAUGAAGGCGAUUGAAGAAAAGAAGAAACAGGAAGAGGAGGCAGCCACAAAGGUUCGAGGAAAUGGGGACGAAGGAGGAAAAUCCAAAACAUGUGCAAUAGUUUAA